AUGAUGGUGUCCGUGCGGUUUUUCCACGCGUGCCGCACACUAGCGGUGAGAAAGAUUCCAAGUUCAACAGCGACGAUCCCAGACGUAUCGAAGUUCCUGACGGUCAUCGGGAGAGACUGUGCAGAGCAGACAGAGUUGUACGAAAACAAGUGGGAGAAUCUCUUUGAAUGGGAUUCCGCUGUGCUGAAAGAGAAGGGUGUCCCCAUCCAACAGAGAAGGUAUAUACUGCUGCAAGUAGAGAAAUUUAGGAGGGGCACGCCCGUAGAGGAGAUUAAGAAGGGCAAGAAGUCGUUCUUUGGUGGGGAGAGGAAAAGAAAGGAGAACAGGGCCAAGUGGGAAGCGGAACAAAGGGCCAAGAAUAAAUAG